AUGAGAUGUCAGGACUGUGGACAGCAGUUCACUCGCUGGGAGGCCUUCAAGACUCACCUGCGCAAGCAUGUUCUGGAGGAGGCGAUAGCGGAGGAGGAGGAACGAAGGCAGGGCAUUAAGAGAGCCCUGGAGACGAACGGGAGCAAUGGCAAUGUGGAGUCGGCAGCACCUAAGAAAAAACAGAAAAAUAUUGAUGACGGUGAUUACGAAGAGAACAGUGAUGUAGACGUGGAAGGUGAUGAAGAAGACGAUGAAGAGUUCUUCGACAGUUCCUGGCAGGUCGGACCAUCAGAGAUCGUCACAGUUCGCCCGCGCGUCGCCAUGCUGUCUGAGGAGGAGAAGCCAGUCUUCAGCGGCUCCCACAAGGUCUAUGCAUGCUCCAUCUGUGGGAAGGUCUACUCCUACCUCGAGUCGUUUAGAAAUCACCAGAAGAUGCAUGAAAAAGAAGUUAAAAAACAACCCACAGAGAACAAGUGCCCGGACUGUGGGAAGGUCUUUGCUCGCCCAUCCCUUCUGGUGACUCACUUGAAAGUGCACAGGCCUCCCGUGCCGAUGGAACCCUCCACUCUGAAGUGCGAUCAGUGUGUAAAACACUUCAAUUCCCUGCAGACUUAUUUGAUCCACAUGGACCUGCACAAGCAGAAGCCCUUCUGGUGCCUGGCCUGUGCUAAGGGCUUUAGGGAUGAGCUCUCUCUGGACAAACACCUGCAGGGCCACAACCUGAGGCGCCACAAGUGUGACCUCUGUGAAAAGUCUUUCCGCGUUCCCGCUGAGCUCCGCUACCACUACAAUACUCACACCGGCGCCAAGCCCUACAAAUGCACUCUCUGCAAGAAGAACUUCUCUCAGCUGGGCAACCUCAUCACGCAUCGGAAGAAGCACGUAGGGGUCUACGUCGGGGCCAGCAAGACGCCACUGGGACCCAGGAACCACCUGUUUGCUGGGAGGAGAAGGGUGACAGAGAUGAAGAGGCUGGUGUUCACAGGGAUGGGUAGCACAGAGGCGGAGGUGAUAGAUAUGCUUCAAGAACAUCAAGAGGAGCAGGAGGAGGAAGAAGAGGAAGAUAUUAAGGUGGGUGAGGAGGAAUCUGGAUCAGAAGAGUCUGAGUCUCGUUCUGAAGAUUCUGGUGCUGAGGAUUCGUCUAAAUCAGAUUCAUCAGACUCUUCUGGAUCUGAUUCCUCUGACGACUCUGAUUCCUCUGGAUCGGGAGAGGAGGAGGGGGAGCAAGAGGGGAAAGAAGAGACUGCAUUGGAAGCACAUGUGGCGGUGCAACAGAAAAGACAUAAGGAAUGGGAGUGUUUUGAAUGUGGUGAAGGGUUUGAUCAAGAGUCAGCAUUGCACCUGCACUAUAUGAAACACGCCAGUGGGGAGCUGCCAGUACAAUGA